GUUAGCAGAAGUCGCCAACCGCUACCCGUCAUCGACGUUCGAGGGUCUCCACAGUGAUCUUUCCAGCCAGCUUCUUCAGGCCUUGGUACCCGCGUUUUACUCGAAGUGGGUUGAACGCAGUGAAAAUAAAGUUGUUUGAGGAUAUUGCCGCAGAAAACAUCACACAACUUGAAUAUUUUUUCCAAUUGCAGAAGAUGAAGCUGUGGUGGGGCUGGGCGUGUGUGCUGCUCCUCUCCCUCCUGGCUCUCUCUGUGUCCCAGGCUGAAGCUCAGGAUGACCUGGACCUGGAGGAUGAAAUGGAGGAAGCUAUGGUGGAAGACACGGUAGAAGAUAGGGACGACUCAGCAGAGAUAGAGGGAGAGGCGGAGAUGGAAGGGGAGGCGGAAGAGGAGAAGGGAACCGAUGCCAACGUCUCCUUCCAGGUGACCUACAAGACUCCUGUUCCCAUCGGAGAGGUGUACUUCUCAGAGACCUUUGACGACGGCACACUGGACAGGUGGCAGGUGUCAAAGACAAUGAAGGAAGACGCAGACGAUGAAAUUGCUAAAUAUGAUGGUAAGUGGUCUGUGGAGCAGCUGAAGGAGAAUAAAGUACCAGGAGACAUGGGUCUGGUUCUAAAGUCCCGGGCCAAACAUCACGCCAUCGCCUCCCUAUUGGACAGACCCUUCAUCUUCCGGGACGACGCACUGGUCGUACAGUAUGAGGUGAACUUCCAGGAUGGUAUUGACUGUGGUGGAGCCUACAUCAAACUGCUGUCAGACGAACAUGACCUGGAUCUGGAGCAGUUUAAUGACCGUACCUCCUACACCAUCAUGUUUGGUCCUGAUAAGUGUGGAGAGGACUACAAGCUGCACUUCAUCUUCCGCCACAGGAGCCCUCUGAACAAAGACCUGGAGGAGAAACACGCCAAGAGGGCCGAUGUCGACCUGAAGAAGUUCUACACCGACAAGAAGACUCAUCUCUACACACUGGUCCUGAACCCAGACAACAGCUAUGAGAUCCUGGUAGACCAGAGCAGUGUCAGUCGUGGCUCUCUGCUUCAUGAUGUGGUUCCUCCUGUUAACCCCACCAAGGAGAUAGACGAUCCAACUGACUCUAAACCUGAAGACUGGGACGAGAGGGCCAAGAUACCAGACCCAGAGGCUGUCAAACCUGACAACUGGGAUGAGGAGGCUCCGGCUAAGAUCCAGGACCCUGAUGCUGUGAAGCCAGAGGGAUGGCUGGACGACGAGCCCGAGUUUGUAGCCGACCCCGCCGCCGACAAACCAGACGACUGGGAUGAGGAGAUGGAUGGAGAGUGGGAGGCCCCUCAGGUUCCUAACCCAGUGUGUGAGACAGCCCCUGGAUGUGGGCAGUGGAAACCCCCUACCAUCAACAACCCUCAGUACAAGGGCAAGUGGAAGGCCCCUCUGGUGGACAACCCCCACUACCAGGGUGUGUGGAGCCCGCGUAAGAUCCAGAACCCGGACUACUUUGAGGACCUGUCUCCGUUCCAGAUGAGGUCAUUCAGGGCCGUGGGGCUGGAGCUCUGGUCGAUGACGUCAGAGAUCUACUUCGAUAACUUCAUCAUCACUUCCUAUAAAGAGGUGGCUGAUCGCUGGGCUGGAGACAGCUGGGGACUCAAGAAACUGGUGGCUAGUGCCAACGAGCCGGGUGUGUUUUCCCAGUUGACCAUGGCAGCAGAGGAGAGACCGUGGCUCUGGGUGGUCUACAUACUGACUGUUGGUCUGCCCAUAGGACUGACUGUGUUAUUCUGCUGGCCCAAGAAAUCAGAUGAUGACUAUGUGUACAAGAAGGUGGACCCGCCUAAACCCGAUGUAGAAGAGGAGGAAGAAGAUGAGGAUGAAGAUGAGGAGGAGGAGGAAGAAGAGGAGAAGGGAGACCAAGCAGCUGAGGCCAAAGCUACUGAGAGUCCAAAACCUGCAGAAGUGAAGAAAGAGAAGGCGGAGGAGGAGAGUGGGGCAGCUGGAGGGGACAGCGUAGAAGAUGAAGACGAUGAGGAGGAGGAGGAGGAGGAUGAAGGCGAGGAGGAAGAAGAGACCAAGUCCAAUGAGGCAGCAUCGGAUGAUGUCGGUGCUGAGCAGAAGAGGGAGGCGGACGAGGGGGGUCACAGCGUUGGCGACGGACACAAACAGGCCGUGAGGAAGAGGAGGGUACGGAAAGACUGAUGAAGACCAACGACAACAAAUGAAGCCUUCUCUCUCUCUCUCAUCUCUGCAUGCCCUCUGGUGGUCCUAGUGACCAAGAUACUACCCCUCCUCCUCCAUCAGUCGAAUGACAACCAUCCCCCUUUCCUUCUUAUCUUCCUUUGUUCUCUCUAUCCGUUAAGCCUCUCUAAGGCCAUCAAGGCUACCCUGACCCCCCCAACCCUCCUUUCUUCCAAAAUGAAUACUAUGCCCCCCCAUCUUCUUCCUCCUUCCCCCAUCUUCAUCAGCUGCAACUUUCUAACCCCCCCCCCCUCCCAACUACCCCCC